GUAAUUUCCGAUAUACACUGUCAACCACCUAUCUGUCUAUGUUCCUCUUUGCCAGUUAUGAAACUUGCAAAAGGUAACUCACACCCUCUAGUGGUAUGGUGCCUCCGAGGCCACACCUUUACGGGACUUCGUCUGAGGCACCGAUAAUUUAUCAGCAAAGUGCCAAAAGAUGCUUUCCGCCUACUCGUGAAUAUGCUCCGGUUGAUACUCAGAUUGGCAUCUCGAGCUGUCCGCAGCAACCGUCGCCGGACUAUGACUUUCGUAUGGCGUACGGUGUGCCCCCGGAAUUCCGCACAGCCAAGGGGGUAUGCAUUUCUCGCCAGUUGCCUCGCUACAGCGCCCAGGUACGCUGCAUCGUGAUUGGGACCAUCCUGCGCGUCUCCCCGCGGAAUCACUGAGGCAGGAUUACGAAUUAGCCAAGCCUAUGGAGACACCGGAAUGCCUCUUCGAGAGAAAUAGCCGGCGUAAUGCCGAAAAGGUGAAGGCCACUACACGGUACCAGUCUCAGAGACGUCCCUCGAACCGUGACGAGUUUGACGGACCCCAUCAGUUGCUAAAGCCACCAUCCCUGCGCAUCAUUGAGGAGCAGGCCAAAGAGCUUCCUCAUCUUCCUACUAAUCUUGAUGUUUCAGAGCAAGAUCGAAUCUUGAACGCAGUUAAUGACCGCUUGUCCCAGUGUGCAUUUGACUUUGUUGCCAAGUACCAGUUCCCCAUCCCCUUGGAAGCAGACAAGAGAGAGGUGAGAAUUCCCUCGGACCGCGAAUGGACCGAGUGGGUAUAUCUCCUGAAAAGGCUGGCCACCAAGCGCCGCAUACCUGCCCGCGUUCUUUACAAUGGCCAAAUCAAACAACUAGUGACAGUAUUGGAAAAUUCCCUGGAAAUGAGACAUGCUGCCAAACAUCAGUCUAGACCCAUCAAGGAUGAUCGCAAUGUGCUCCAGCUCAUCUCAGCCGGCACUCAGGUUGCCAAAAUGCUCAAAGAUGCCAGUGCCAUGGACUAUCUGGACAAACUUUAUAUUGAUACCGAGAAACGUAUCCAUGAGCGGCGCAGCCGGCGCGUGAAAUUCGCCAGUCCUUGAAUUAGUCCUGGAUUUUGCCAUUUUUCUUAUUUUACGGAUCUCGCCACGAUAUGGCCUAUUUUUCUUCAUCCCAAAGGAGUAUCCGUUGGAAGCCAUGAUGUCCCUCCGGUCCCGUGGAAUCCUCCUUAUUUAAUGCCCGGCGCCCUUGGAGAUGCCCUUCAAUUUCCGUGGAUGGACUCUAUUUCGUACCUUAUUUACCGCGUGGACGGCCUAAAGGAUUUCUCGCUUGAUCCCGAUGGACAAGAUGAAGCUCAGCG